CUCCAUCAUGCCAGACUGAAAAUGUCUGCCAGCAUAUUUCUGGACAUCUCUCUGUUGUAAUUAUUAAGAUAAAGAAGAUCCUGAAAAAGCAGGAAAACAAUACCCUUGAUAACAAAUUGAGAGAAAAGUAGGAAGCCGGAGAGCAAUGGCGAUUCCAGAGAAGCUAACCGGCUGGAGCCGGCUGAUGCUGCUGUGCCUUUCUCUGGAGCUACUACUGGAAGCCAGGGCUGGAAACAUCCGCUACUCGGUGCCGGAAGAAACCGACAAAGGCUCCUUCGUGGGCAACAUCGCCAAGGACCUGAGGCUCGAGCCCCGUGAGCUGGCGCAGCGGGGGAUCCGCAUCGUCUCCAGAGGUAGGUCGCAGCUUUUCUCCCUGAACCCGCGAAGCGGCAGCUUGGUCACCGCGGGCAGGAUAGACCGGGAAGAGCUGUGCGCCCAGAGCGCGCCCUGCCUCGUGAGCUUUAACAUCCUUGUGGAGGAUGAAAUGAAGCUUUUCCCUAUCGAAGUAGAGAUCAUUGAUAUUAAUGACAACACCCCCCAAUUCCAGUUAGAAGAGCUGGAGUUAAAAAUGAGUGAAAUAACGACUCCGGGUACUAGGAUCCCUCUGCCUCUUGGGCAAGACCUUGAUGUCGGUAUAAACUCACUUCAGAGCUACCAGCUAAGCGCCAACCCUCACUUCUUCCUGGAUGUGCAACAGGGACCUGAAGGAGCACAACAGCCAGAGAUGGUGCUGCAGAGCCCUCUAGACAGAGAAAAAGAUGCUAGCCACUACCUUGUUCUCACUGCCUCUGAUGGGGGUAACCCAGUACACACGGGGACUCUGCAGAUCCGUGUUCAGGUGGUAGACGUGAACGACAACCCACCAUCAUUUACUCAGGCAGAGUACCACGUGAGUGUCCCAGAAAACAUCCCAUUGGGCACUCCACUGCUCAAGGUGAAUGCUACUGACCCAGACGAGGGAGCUAAUGGCAAAGUAACAUACUCCUUUCACAAUGUAGACCACAGUGUGGUCCGGAAAUUUCAGUUGGAUUCUUACACAGGAGAAAUAAGGAAUAAAGAACCACUCGAUUUUGAAGAAUACAAAGUUUAUCCAAUGGAAAUUCAAGCCCAGGAUGGUGCUGGACUCAUGGCUAGAGCAAAGGUGCUGGUCACUGUUUUGGAUGUUAACGAUAAUGCCCCAGAAGUUGGAAUCACCUCUGUAACUACCGAAGUGCCAGAAAACUUUCCUCCUGGGACCAUAGUUGCUCUCAUCAGUGUGCAUGAUCAAGACGCUGGCAACAAUGGUCAUGCCACUUGUUCCAUUCCCGGAAACCUACCCUUCAAACUGGAAAAGCUAGUUGACAAUUAUUACCGCUUGGUAACAGAAAGAACACUGGACAGAGAGCAUAGCUCUGGGCACAACAUCACAAUAACAGCAAUGGAUCAGGGAACUCCACCCCUAUCUACCCAAGCUCAUAUCUCACUGCUAGUGACGGAUAUCAAUGAUAACCCUCCAGUUUUUGAGCAGGACUCCUACUCUGUCUACAUUCCUGAAAAUAACCCCAGAGGGGCUUCCAUCUUCUCAGUGAAGGCCCAGGAUGCUGACCACAAUGAGAACGCACUGGUGACUUACUCCCUGGUGGAAGACACUAUUCAGGGAGUGCCUUUGUCUUCGUACUUCUCCAUCAACUCUGACACUGGCGUUGUCUACGCACUGCAGUCCUUUGACUACGAGCAGUUUCGGGAUUUGCAGCUAAGAGUGAUGGCUCGUGAUAGUGGGACCCCACAACUCACCAGCAAUGUUUCUCUGAGUCUGUUCAUGAUAGAUCAGAAUGAUAAUGCCCCAGAGAUCCUGUAUCCUGCCCUCCCCACAGAUGGCUCCACUGGUGUGGAACUAGCACCUCGCUCUGCCGAGCCCGGUUACCUGGUGACCAAGGUAGUGGCAGUGGACAGAGACUCAGGACAGAACGCUUGGCUCUCCUACCGUCUGCUCAAGGCCAGCGAGCCAGGGCUCUUCUCAGUGGGGCUACACACGGGCGAGGUACGCACUGCCCGGGCCCUGCUGGACAGAGAUGCACUCAAGCAAAGCCUGGUGGUGUCUGUGCAGGACCACGGCCAGCCUCCUCUGUCCACCACAGUCACAUUUACCAUAGCAGUGGCUGACAGCAUUCCUGAACUCCUGGCCGACCUGGGCAGCAUUGGGACAGCUGCCGAUCCCCAGGACUCAGAUCUCACGCUCUACCUGGUGGUGGCAGUGGCUGUAGUCUCCUGCAUCUUCCUAGCCUUUGUCAUCGUGCUCUUGAUGCUCAAGCUGCGACACUGGCACUCCUCGCGCUUGCUUCAGACUGCAGCAAACGGAUUGACUGACAUUCCUGCCUCCAACUUUGUGGGUGUUGACGGGGUACAGGCAUUUCUACAGACCUAUUCCCGCGAGAUCUCACUCACCGCUGACUCUCGCAAGAGCCAUCUGAUCUUCCCACAGCCCAACUAUGCAGACACGCUUAUCAGCCAAGAGAGCUGUGGGAAAGGGGAAUUUCUGUCGGCACCCCAGUCUCUGCUUGAAGAUAAAGAGGAAAUACUUUCUCAGGUAAACUUGUAAUGACCUUAAUCGCUAUAUCAAUGAAACUAUUUCAUGUCUGUAUAUAUUUGCUUUCCCUGUGUUCUAUAAAUGGUAUAUUCCAUUAUACCCCAGCAGUGGUUGGGUGUGUUUAUUUUUGUUUCAUGCCACUGGAAAUUAAACCAAAGGGCGUAUGCAUGCUAGGGAGUGCUCCUCUUUUGAGACGAUUCUUGAUAAGAUACCUGGGCUGGCC